UCUCUCUGUGUGUGUGUGUGUGUGUGUGAGAGAGAGAGAGAGAGAGAGAGAGAGAGAGAGAGAGAACCUUCAGGGAGAGGCCAUGUCUCUUAUUUGCAACCAGGAUGAAGGAGCUGCAAUACCCCCACACUUGACCCACCGCUUCCCUGUCUGCUCUCUCUCCACCCCAAACCCCAAUAAUUAUGGGUAUUGCAUUGCACACCCCCCCAAAGCUUGCUGCACCCCGAGGCGCUUUGCACUCACCGGAUUCCUUGCAGGACAAGGACAGUGCACGACGGCAGAGGGGGCGGGUCAGCUGUUCUAAUUAAGCCGCGCCCCCUUUCUCAAUUCAGUAUCGAGCAGCCCCUCCCCCAGCAGCUUCCACUCUCUGGCUUUAACCUUUAAGGCAACGAGCAUCUGUUCCCUAUACUCUAAGCCCAGGUUCCCUCCCUCCUCUCCCCAUUGGCUGGGUACUGCAAUUAUCCCGCCCCCGGAAAUACCUGCCUCCCUGGCGGGGGCUCCCAUUCCUGCCCCCGCUGCCCAGGGUUGCUGCCACCAUAGCCAGGAUUUCGGGUGAGGAAGACGAUGGUCGGAAUUCUACGGAGCCGUCUGUGAAUUUAUUGGGAAGAACAAAGAAACAGUUUAAAUGCAAGGAAUGUGGAAUGUGCUUUAGUCACUUUGGAAGUCUGAGGAUACACCAACAAACUCACACAGGAGAGAAUCCAUUUAAAUACAUGGAGUGUGAAAAGAAUUUCAGUGAAAGUGGAGACCUUAGAAUACAUCAACAAAAUCACAAUGGGGAGAAACCGUUUAAAUGCAUUGAAUGUGGAAAGAGCUUCAGUCGUAGUGGAGACCUUAGAACACAUCAACGAACUCACACGGGGGAGAAACCAUUUCAAUGCACUGAAUGUGGAAAGAGCUUCAGUGAUAGAGGAGCCCUCAGAACACAUCAACGAACUCACACAGGGGAGAAACCCUUUAAAUGUAUUGAAUGUGGAAAGAGCUUUAGUCGUAGUGGAGCCCUUAGAAUACAUCAACGAACUCACACGGGGGAGAAACCAUUUAAAUGCAUUGAUUGUGAAAAGAGCUUCAGUGAUAGAGGAGCCCUCAGAACACAUCAACGAACUCACACAGGGGAGAAACCGUUUAAAUGCAUUGAAUGUGGAAAGAGCUUCAGUUGUAGUGGUCCCCUUAGAAUACAUCAACGAACUCACACAGGGGAGAAACCCUUUAAAUGUAUUGAAUGUGGAAAGAGCUUUAGUCAAAGUGGAGACCUUAGAAUACAUCAACGAACUCACACGGGGGAGAAACCGUUUAAAUGCAUUGAAUGUGGAAAGAGCUUGGCUUCUAGUAGAGCCCUUAGAAUACAUCAACGAACUCACACGGGGGAGGAACCGUUUAAAUGCAUUGAAUGUGGAAAGAGCUUGGCUUCUAGUGGAGCCCUUAGAAUACAUCAACGAACUCACACGGGGGAGAAACCGUUUAAAUGUAUUGAAUGUGGAAAGAGCUUCAGUGAUGGAGGAGCCCUCAGAACACAUCAACGAACUCACACAGGGGAGAAACCCUUUAAAUGUAUUGAAUGUGGAAAGAACUUCAGUCGUAGUGGAAACCUUAGAAAACAUCAACAAACUCACACGGGGGAGAAACCAUUUAAAUGUAUUGAAUGUGGAAAGAGCUUCAGACGAAAUGCAGCCCUUAGAAUACAUCAACGAACUCACACAGGAGAGAAACCAUUUGAAUGUAUGGAAUGUGGAAAGAGCUUCAGUUGUAGUGGAGACCUAAGAACACAUCAACGAACUCACACGGGGGAGAAACCGUUUAAAUGCAUUGAAUGUGGAAAGAGCUUCAGACGAAAUGCAGCCCUUAGAAUACAUCAACGAACUCACACAGGAGAGAAACCAUUUGAAUGUAUGGAAUGUGGAAAGAGCUUCAGAGAAAAUGCAGCCCUUAGAAGACAUCAACGAACUCACACAGGAGAGAAACCAUUUGAAUGUAUGGAAUGUGGAAAGAGCUUCAGUUGUAGUGGAGACCUCAGAACACAUCAACGAACUCACACGGGGGAGAAACCGUUUAAAUGCAUUGAAUGUGGAAAGAGCUUUAGUCGUAGUGGAGACAUUAGAAUACAUCAACGAACUCACACGGGGGAGAAACCGUUUAAAUGUAUUGAAUGUGGAAAGAGCUUCAGUCAAAGUACAAACCUUAGAAUACAUCAGCAAACUCAUACAGGGCAGAAAACAUUUAAAUGUAUGGAGUGUGGUAAGAGCUUCACACAGUGUGGAGACCUUAAUAUUCAUAAGCGAAUUCACCCAGGUGAAAAGCCAUAUCAAUGUAUGCAAUGUUCCAUUCAAGUUUCACUCUUUACUUCACAUCAAGAAACUCAUAAAGGCGGAAAUGAAUUUUAAAUGCAUGGAAUCCGUUUGAUGUUUUGGUGUUUGUAUUUAAAUUUGUAUACACAUAUAUAUGUAUUAAAGUAAUGAAGGUCACAUAUACUAAAUGUAGACAAGAAGUUGGAAGUUGUUGCUAGAUAAACGGGGAGAGUGUGAAUCUGGAAUGCUCAAGGUGUGUGAUGAAUCUGUUGAGUUUUGACCUCCGCCCUUCAAUGCCAAAAUGAUGGGCUGCCCUUGUCUUGUGGAUCAGCAUCUGUCUGCUUUAGGGAAAUGGGGUACCUCAGAUGUUGGGAAACAACGCCCAUAAGUCUCAGCCCAUAUGGCCAAGAAUGAUGGGAGUUGUAGUUCAAAAACUCAAGGGUGGAAAAUCUCACGUUUCUUAGAACUUUCCUUUAUGAAUAAUUAUAGGUAAAACUUUUGUUGAUACAGAGCUCAUUUUUUAUUCCAGGAGCAGCUGGUCACUUCUGCUUUAUAAACAAAGCCAAAUAUAUUGACACACUUUACAUUAAAACCAAAUUUUAGAACAGAGACAAACUUUUUUUUAAA